AUGAAUGUAAAUGUAAACAUUGAAAACCGGGCAAAUAUAGUAAUUAAUGAGGAUUCAAUGAAUAAACUAUCUAAAGAGGAACGUGAGAAGAGAGAAAGAGUAAAUAAGGAAAUUACAAAACUCGCUCAGCAGGAGAAGUGGCUAGAGUCUUUCAGACCAAAGAGAGAAGAAAAAAACAGAGUAAAGGUUCAGAUUAAGAAGCAGGCUGUUAAAAUUGUCAAAGAAAAGACUUUGAAAAAGAGAAAGAAAUUGAACCCGAAACUCAUUGAAGAGCUCAAUAAUGAAAUUCAAAGAACAAUAACUUUAUAUAAAAAUAUGGCAGGUUGA